UUCAAAACCAAAACCACUUUUCAAACAUUGGAAAUAACUAAAUAGUGAACACAAAGAUGGCCAAAGUGUUGACACUACUUGUUCUCCGACUACUCAUGAACCUCUUACUUAUCGGUUGGAUUUCUCUCUGGAUCGUCAAACCCACGACCCUAUGGAUACAAUCUUGGCGUCAAGCUGAAGAUACCGCCAAACACACUUUCUUCGGCUACAACGGUCUCAACUUUGCCGUAUUCUCAUUCCCUCCUAUUGCUCUCUCUAUCGUUGGACUCAUUUACUUGAGUUUACUGCCACAACAUCAUCAUCCAACAAGAGGAGGUAGGAGUGCAGCUAUUACUGUCUCAAGACCAGCCAUUAUCAAUAGCUUCAUUGGAAUUGUGUCUUGUUUCGAGAUACUUGCUCUUCUUUUGUUCCUCCUCUAUCUUGCUUGGAACUUCUAUGCCCGCGUCUCUAACGACUUCAAGAAGCUAAUGCCUGUCAAAACCCUGAAUCUUAACUUAUGGCAGCUUAAGUACUAUAGAGUUGCUACAAGGUUCGGUCUAUUAGCCGAAGCAUGUCUCGCUCUUCUUCUUUUCCCUGUCUUGAGGGGAUUCUCGAUGUUCCGGUUACUUAACAUUGAGUUUGCAGCUUCUGUAAAAUAUCAUGUGUGGUUCGGGACCGGUUUGAUCUUCUUUUCUUUGGUCCAUGGUGGAAGCACUCUGUUCAUUUGGACUAUUACUCAUCACAUUGAAGAAGAGAUUUGGAAAUGGCAGAGAACGGGUCGGGUAUAUGUAGCUGGACUGAUCAGCCUUGUAACAGGAUUACUGAUGUGGAUCACAUCACUUCCUCAAAUUAGAAGGAAAAACUUUGAAGUUUUCUAUUACACACACCAUUUGUAUAUAGUUUUUCUUGUAGCUUUCUUGUUUCAUGCCGGUGAUCGUCACUUUUACUGGGUGCUCCCCGGCAUCUUUCUGUUUGGACUCGACAAGAUACUUCGGAUUGUUCAAUCACGAUCCGAAAGCUGCGUUCUUUCCGCCAAUCUCUUCUCUUGUAAAGCCAUUGAGCUUGUAUUGCCAAAGGAUCCAAGGCUUAACUAUGCACCCUCAAGUUUUAUAUUCUUGAACAUUCCGUUGGUCUCACGGUUUCAAUGGCAUCCCUUUAGUAUUAUAUCGAGCUCGAGUGUAGACAAACACACAUUGUCUAUUAUGAUGAAAUGUGAGGGAGAUUGGACAAAUUCUGUUUAUAAUAAAGUAGAAGAAGCGGCAAAUUCUGAAAUGAAGAUUAACAACAUAACCGUAAGAGUAGAAGGUCCUUAUGGACCUGCCUCGGUAGAUUUUCUCAGGUAUGAUAAUCUGUUUCUUGUGGCGGGAGGGAUCGGGAUUACGCCAUUUCUAAGCAUUUUGCAGGAACUCGCGUGCAAAAACCGACUCAAAUCUCCCAAGAGAGUGCAGCUUGUGUUUGCGGUUAGGACAUUUCAAGAUCUUAACAUGUUGCUUCCAGUUUCCUCUAUACUCUUUAACCCAACCAACAACUUAAACCUCAAGUUAAAAGUUUUUGUUACUCAAGAAAAAAAGCCUUCUAAUGGUACAACAACAUUGCAAGAGUUCUUGGCUCAAUCACAAGUUCAGUCUAUUCACUUCAAAACCGACGAGGACUAUUCAAGAUUCCCAAUUCGCGGGCCAGAAAAUUUCAGAUGGCUUGCCACAUUAGUCCUUAUAACCGUGUUUACGUUUCUCGGCUUCUUGAUAGGUUUAAGCCAUUUCUUUAUACCUUCUGAACACAAGAAUCAUUCAGGGAUUGUGAAGUUAACUGCUUCAGGAGCAAUGAAGACAGCUAAAGAAAAGGUUCCUUCAUGGGUUCCAGAUUUGAUUAUCAUUGUCUCUUACGUUAUCGCUAUCACAAUAGGUGGUUUGGCUGCAACAAUUCUUCAAUGGAGAGGAAAACACAGAGAGGCACAAAGAAUGUCUAAAGAAGAAGUAAUUAAACCAGAGGAAAGAAACUUCACCGAGUUAAAACCAAUUCCUCUUAUUGAGGAACAUGAGAUACAUACCGGAGAAAGGCCAAAACUCGAAGAGAUAAUGUCGGAGUUUGAGAAGAACUUGAGAGGAUGGUCGAGUAUAGGAGUGUUGGUAUGUGGACCAGAGUCAAUGAAAGAAGAUGUGGCAUCGAUGUGUCGCAAAUGGCCUCAGGGUUUUGGAGUAGAGGAUUCAGGAAGAAACCGAAUGAAGAUGAAUCCAAAUUUUCAUUCUCUUAAUUUUAACCUCUAAUCUAAAAGCAUUUUCUAAGUUUGUAUCGUUAGUUUCUCAUUCACGUGUACUUUUUUAUCUUACAAUUGUAUAAUUUUUGGGUCUCUAUCUUGUUAUAAUGUUUUGAGUUUGAUCCUUCUUCUCAAAGGAGAAUUUGCAUAUAAUGCAAAUUUGUUUUUCUUUUCUUUAUCUGGUAUUUUCUUUUGGAACUUAAAUAUAGCUAGGUAAGAACA